AUAUCAAUCAUGUCAAACACUUCAGCUUCACUCUUGUCAACUUGUCAUAAUAAAUGCAAAAAAACACGAAAAGGCAAGGGCAAGGUAUACAAAUUUAGAGAAACGAAAGUUUACAUUUGGAAACUUUUAUCUAUUAAAAAACAACAAAGCAAUAGUUAAACAUGGUGCCUGAAAUGCAAUUGGUAAUUACUGAGAAUAAGCAAGUAAUAAAAACAAUUGGGAAAGAAACCAAUCUACAAGCUUCACAUCUAGUGAAGUCUCUUCAAGAAUUUCAACAUUUGGUAAAUGCGACCCUAACUAACAUUAUAGAAGACCGUGGUGGGAUCAACCAGGAAGAUAAUGAAGAAUUGAAUGAAGAGAGUGAAGAAGAUGAAGAUGUUCCUGUUACCCCAAAGAAAAGUCGGAAAUAGUUCAUAGGUACAUUUUCAUUAUUUUACUUAAUUUUAGUGGUAAAUAUAGUCCAGAGUGAUGGGUACAUAUGGUAAUACACCAUGUUUUUGUUUCAUGUCUAAAACCUCAAGGCUAUGUUUCUUAUGUUAGGUUCUUUUUUUAAUUAUAUCUUUUACACUACUUUUAGGAUACCUAAUUAGUAUUAGGUUAUAAUCUGAUUGAGGUAAUAACAGGAGUAAAAAAACUCCUUAGUGCCACUUGCUAUAUCCCACUUACCCAGGGUGAACCGGUUAACCCAGUGUCAAAUUGUACAGGUAACCAUAGUAACUCCAGGUUUAACAGGUUAACCCCGGGUUAGUGGGAUGGUGCAAGUGGCCCUAGUUUAAUAAACAUGUAUUUUAGAACAGUUGAUAUAUGCCAAUUAUAAAUAUUCUUUUACUGUUAUAACACUGAAUUAUUUUAUAUGAAUAAUAAUGUCAGUGUGAAGCCAGAGGUAUUGGACUUUAACAAUAAUAGGGUCUAGAAUGUACCUAUAAUGUACCCAUUUUCAUUACUGUUGAGUGUAUAUUUAAGUGGUUUUUAAAUAAAACAUCAAAAUAUUUUCAGUA